GGCAAAGCCAAUCUCACAAGAAUUAGAAAAGAAGCAUUAAUUCUAUAGAGCUACGUACCGUACAUAAAGUAUGGAGUCAAGCGUAGUAAUAGACAUCAACGUAAAACAAAGUGGCGUCGUUGCAACUGAGACAGCAGCCAAGAAGUCAGCCGGCGUUGCGUCAGUUUCACUUUGGUUUCUGAAGGAUGAUGGAUUCCAAGGCAGCGGGAAGAGCGCCGGAAACAAUGGCGGCGGGGAGAGGAUGAAGGUGAUGAGGAAAUGGAUCCACAGUAUCAAAGUUGGAGCGGCGCUUGUGUUGGUAUCUCUACUCUACUUCCUGGACCCGCUGUACAAGGAAGUUGGUGACGAUAACGCCAUUUGGGCUAUCAUGACGGUUGUUGUCAUCUUUGAGUUUCAUGCUGGGGCGACACUUAGCAAAGGGAUGAAUCGGGUGAUUGGAACGGUAGUGGGAGGUGGGUUGGGAUGUUUGGUGGCAACUACGGGCCAGAAACUUGGUGGGAUUGGCAACUCUGUUAUCGUCGGCCUCGCUGUGUUUUCCGUGGCUGGAGGGGCGACAUACUUCCGGCAGACGCAGACGAGGAAAGUGUUGGACUACGGGGUGAAUAUUUUCACCCUCACAUUCAGCCUGGUGGCGGUUUCGGGCCUCCGAAUCGAGAACGUGAUGGAAAUAGCGAGGGAGAGGCUGCUGAUGAUCUUGCUGGGAUUCAUGACCUGCAUCUUCACCAGCUUGUUCGUCUUCCCCAUAUGGGCCAGCGACGAGCUUCACUCUUCCUUGUCCUCCAGAUUCCAUCAACUCUCCACUUCCUUCCAAGGGUCCGUGGAGGAAUACUUCAAAAGUAGUAGUGAUGGCAACAUGGAGGAGGAGGAGGAGAAGGACGAGCCAUCCUCAAUCCCCCAGCAGCCAGCUGUUGAUGACUAUUUCAGGACUUGUGAGAAGGUGUUGCAGUCCAAAUCCAAAGAUGAAUCCUUG